UGUGAGGGGCACGUUUUCUGUUUCCGGUUUCCUGUUGCAAUAUUGAGCGCGUCGUAUCUGCGUCCAUCGUUUACAUGCUGACGCGCUUGUUACAUAGAGUUCUUCGUUUUCAGUCCAUUAUACUGGAUUAAAUACAAAUGGAGACUAUUUUGGAGCAACAACGGCGUUACCACGAAGAGAAGGAAAGGUUGAUGGAUGCAAAAGCUAAAGAAAUGCUGCAUAAGAAGACAACGUUAAGAGACCAGAUCAAUUCAGAUCACCGGACACGGGCUAUGUUGGACAGAUACAUGGAAGUUAGUGCAAAUUUAAGGGAUUCCUAUGAAGAUAAAGAUGGCAUGAGGAAGGAGGAGCUGAAGGCCAUCUCGGGACCCAACGAAUUUGCAGAGUUCUACAACAGGCUCAAGCAAAUAAAGGAGUUUCACCGGAAACAUCCAAAUGAGAUUUGUGUGCCGAUGUCUGUGGAGUUUGAGGAGCUGAUCAAGGUUCGAGAGAAUCCCAAUGAAGAGGCACAGAAUCUGGUUGAAUUCACUGACGAGGAAGGCUAUGGUCGCUACCUGGACCUCCAUGAUUGUUACCUGAAGUAUAUCAAUCUGAAAGGCUCAGAGAAACUCGAGUACAUCGCUUACCUGUCCACCUUCGAUCAGCUGUUUGACAUCUCGAAAGACAGGAAGAAUGCAGAGUACAAAAAGUACCUAGAGAUGCUUCUGGAGUACCUGCAGGACUACACGGACAGGGUGAAGCCUCUUCUGGACCAAAACGAGCUGUAUGGCAAAAUCCUGGUCGAGUUCGAGAAGAAGUGGGAGAACGGCACUUUCCCCGGCUGGCCGAAAGAGACGAGCAGUGCUCUGACCCACGCCGGUGCUCACCUGGACCUGUCUGCCUUCUCCUCCUGGGAGGAGUUGGCGUCUCUGGGGUUGGACAGACUGAAGUCUGCCCUAAUGGCCCUGGGGCUGAAGUGUGGCGGGACCCUGGAGGAGAGAGCGCAGAGGCUCUUCAGCACCAAGGGCAAAUCUCUGGAGUCUCUGGAUUCCUCGCUGUUUGCCAAGAACCCGAAAUCCAAAGGACCAAAGAGGGAUACGGAGCGCAACAAGGAAAUUGGCUUCCUGGAGGCUCAGAUCUACGAGUACGUGGAGAUCCUGGGGGAACAACGUCAGCUGACCCACGAGAACGUGCAGCGGAAGCAGGCGCGCACCGGCGAGGAGCGUGAGGAGGAAGAGGAGGAGCAGCUGAGCGAGAGCGAGAGCGAAGAUGAGGACAAUGAGAUCAUCUAUAACCCCAAGAACCUGCCGCUGGGCUGGGAUGGCAAGCCGAUCCCCUACUGGCUGUACAAGCUACAUGGGCUGAAUAUAAACUACAACUGUGAGAUUUGUGGGAACUACACAUACAGAGGCCCCAAGGCUUUCCAGCGCCACUUUGCGGAGUGGCGCCACGCGCACGGCAUGCGAUGCCUGGGCAUCCCCAACACCGCCCACUUUGCCAACGUCACCCAGAUCGAGGACGCAGUGUCCCUGUGGGCUAAGCUGAAGUCCCAGAAAGCAUCAGAAAGGUGGCAGCCUGACACAGAGGAGGAAUAUGAAGAUUCCAGCGGGAACGUGGUCAACAAGAAAACCUACGAGGAUCUGAAACGCCAGGGGCUGCUGUAACCUGCAGCCGUCAGUCUCAGUCCUUACGAUGGGGGUGUCGGCAAGUCCAUCGCGCUGAUGUAGUCUCCGAUUUUGUGUAACCUCUGAAUUUUAUGUAGUUUUUUUUUUUUUUUAAGACCACCUUUUUUGUAAUUUACCAACUUGAAUAUAAUCGGAUUACCAUACUCAAUAAAAAAAAUUGGCUUAUUGACA